AUGCCACCGCCACCGCCUCCAAAGGCACCACCACCACCACCGCCGCCGCCGCCGCCGCCGCCAGCGCAGGCGAGGGCUGCGGCAGAUGGACACUCCGCGACUGUUGGCGGGGCGACCUCCGCUCUCUUUGCGGAGAUUCGCAACGGUGGCGACAACAUCGCCGGGCGACUGCGUCACGUGGAGGAUCACGAAAAGACGUACAAGCAGAACGUCCAGCACGGCGCAGUAGACUUCUCUGACCUCGAGGAGAAGAAGGCCGAGGUGGAUGCAAGGCGUCAGCAGCAGGGUAAGUCGACGGCCGCUGCUGCAGCGGAGGCGCCUCUGUUGCAGCUCGAGGGCGAUAAGCGCUGGGUGGUGAAGCACCACAAGGGCACAGCCGCUAUGCAGCAGAAGGUGACCCUUGACAAGGUAAGCAUGCGGCAGGCCGUGCAGAUUUUUAACUGUGAAUACCUCGUGGUUGAGGUCAAGGGCAAGGUCAACUCCGUCUCCGUCGUGUCCUGCAACAGGGUGCAAGUUGUGAUGGAGAGCGUGGUGUCCUCGCUGGAGGUGCUGAAGUCGGGAGACGUCGACGUGAAGGUGCACCGCGCCGUCCCAACUGCCUCCGUGGAGAAGAGCACGUCGGUAAACCUGUACCUCAUGGACAAGGACGAGGCGCUUAACACGGACAUUGUCACCGCAUGCAGCUCCGCGGUCAACGUCAACUUCCCCUCAGAGGAGGACGCCAGCGACAUCAUUGAGCGGCCACUGCCGGAGCAGUUCGUCUCCAAAAUCGUGCGCGACAAGAAGGGCGGGUUCAAGAUUGAGACGAAGCCUAGCGAGGUCGCCUAA